AUGCGGAGCCAGCACAGCUUGUCAAGACGUGAAGUGUUCCAAAACCUCGCCAACAGGAUCAUCUAUUCAAAGUUCUACAUGAUCCUUUACUUUAUCAUGGCGGUUCUCAGUAUCUGGUCCAUCAUUCUCUCCCUCCAUCAAGGCUGUUCCAGUUCAUCCCUCUUUAUCGUGCUGGAGUCCAUUAUCAACGGGACCAUGAUUGCUGAAGUCGUACUGCGAUUGACAGCCCUUGGAAAGAACUACUGGAGAUCUACGGCCAACAUUCUCGAUGUUAUUCUCGUGAUGUUUUGCAUUAUCACACUGAUUUUGGUCCUUCAAGGAUGUGGUUCGGGACAUGAGACAGAGAAAGUUGUGGACACUAUUCUCCUCAUCCUCAGAAACGCCGUUCAAUGCUGGAGACUCUACACCAUGAUCAAGAAGAAUUCUCUGAUUGUCAACCCAAGAGUUGGGGCAAUUGACUUCAGCAAUGUGAGACAGGAAUCGCUCGACAUUGAGGGCUUUGGCGUGGAAAGCUAUGCGGACGACGACAUGUUUGUGGCCGAAGAGUCUGACGAUGGUCUGUGA